AUGUUCCCACGAAACAACUCUCUUACAUUUUGGCCAGCUCUUCGAGGUCUAGAAGCACCGUGCGCCACCGCCGCCGCGUCGGUAUUUAUAAUGCAACAAGUGGGACGGCUUGAGGGCGCGGCUGGAGAGAUGCACCUUCCGGAAGGCGGUCGCGGCGCCGCGCUCUCCAGUGCUCGCCCGCGCACGCCCGCGCACGCCCGAGCACGUCGGGACACGUCUAGACACGUUCGCGCACGCGGCGUCGCGUGCGCGCUGUACCACGAAUGUGCCAGCGCUCCGGGGAUGCUGCUCAGCGAGCUGGAGAUGCGACGCGUGAGCUGCCGAGAGCUUGGAUUGGAGAUCCCUAAAAGGCAACUAUGGCCUCCAAACAAUGGAGACACUCUCCUGCAAUGCCUCGCGGAAGUCAACAGUGGGAAAGCUAGUGAGCGCUGCGACUGCAGGAGCACCAACGACCAGAGAUGA